CAAAAAAGUAAAAGGCAGGGAGGAUUAUGAAGUCUUGAAGACAAGUAAGUAGUUCCAAGGGUCAGCCGUUUUUCUUCCUCCCACACACUUGGUAAUGAACCCUCGUAGGACCCGUAGUUAUCGACGUGCCUCGGGACUGAAGCGAUGUAAACUGCCGUAGACAGUGUAGUGAGUGGACUAGUGUAUGCAUACAUCUCAGCCAGCCAAUCUCGUAUCCUGACGUUUCUGAGAUCGACUCAUCUGCUGUUGCUGACUACUAAUAUGGAGGAGGAGUGGUGAUUUGUGUCGCAGCUGCGAGCAUGGAUCCCGACUUCAGUCUUGAUCCGGUUGCUCUGUUGAUGCGGUGUGCGCCAUUUCUGUCCAGAGCACAGGAACUUCUCAGCCAUGUUACAGAAAAUGGUUGGGCAGACCUGGCAGGUGACUUCUCAUCGCUGUGGCAGCACUUAGGGAGCGCGGCACACUUUGUACAUGGCCUAUAUGACACAGACAUCAGCGCAGCUGCCAUUGCUAAGGUGGCAGCUGCUUUGCUCUGGCUGGAAGAGCUGAGUAUGAAGAAUCCAGCUGAACUGCUUGCAGCAUUUCAUCAGUUCUUCAACACGUUUGUGUCGCUGAGGUCAUGGUUGAAGACGGCAUUGAUGCCACCCGGCGGUCUCAGUCAGCUGCUGCAUGACAAUAUCACCUUGGAACUGGCCAUGUAUUCAUUUGGUGAGCUGUUUAUUUUCAUCAUUCCACUCAUCAAUGUCGAUAAGCUGAAGACAGUUGCGCGCGUGGCAGCUCGUUUCCUUCGUAUGUGGCUGCUGGCUUCGGUUCGUCACUUUGUUUCCCUGGCUCGGCAAGCCAAAGCUAGUGCUCUGUCCCGGGGACGGCAACUGCGUGGGAAUCAAGCAAGUGAGGAUGAAGUCGACGGUCCUUCAGUUUGUGUGUCCUGCCGUCAAGUGCCACCGGUGGCGUACCUUGCCAAUUGUUCACAUACGUUCUGCUUCCGAUGUGUGAGGACGUUGUCAAGUGUUCGCGAGGAUUUCCAGUGUCCGUGUUGUCAACAGGCGGUGCAGUACCUGCAACCAGCCGCUGCUGAGGACCCAUAAGCACGGUUUUCAUUGGCCCUCUCCACUCCGCAAUGAUGUAGCAGUGAUCAGGCAAGCAGGAGUCACAAACACCGGAUUGCUUCCCCCCUGCUGUAAUAUUGACAUGGUUAGUCUGUGCAACAGAAGUUCUUGUCAGCUUUGGCACAUCGUACUUUCUGCUACUGUGACUCGGUAAGCAUAGCCAGCAUUGCUUUUGUCGCCCUUCAGGUGUCGUCCUGAUCUUGAAAACUCCUUCCUAGGCAGUGGAGUUAUUGCCUUCUAGCUACCAGUGCCAGUGCUGACUGUUGAGCUGUAUGCUUCUAGGCGUGUCUGCAUAGCUCACCGGAGUUGAAGCCUAAUUGAAUACCUUGCCGAACCAAACUUCAAGUCCCAUUUUUUAUUACUGCUCUUGAUGUGUACUUGAGUGCUUGAGCUGAUUGGAUCCACAGCAGCUAUGACUUGUCACACAUUGCCUUGAUGUGCUGGAGGUGAGUCCAAUUGUUGUUGUUGUGGCUCAUGCUGUAUCUGGCCUUUGUCCAGUUAUCUCGGUCUCGGAACUGGUCACACCCCUUACCUAGAUUCUGUCUGAUUAAAUCACCUACACACGUCAUCACUAUUACUUGAGAUUAGCAAUGUUCACAAUUUAUUACGGAGCCAGCCGGCCUGGCUUCCCUUUGUUUUACCUUGCGUAGGGCUAUCACACCUCAUUUUCGUAGGGUACAUUUUAUUCAAUGUCCACCACUUUCUUAGUGUUCAUUUUUUUCUACUCAAAUUAUCGCCAAUGGGGGCAUUGCAGGCGCCGGACUCAAAUUUAUCAUGUCAAACUUUUUCGUAGCCACAACUAGGUCAUGUGUUUAUUCCUCUUAAGUA